ACACGGGGUGGUGGCAUCAAGCGACAAUAGCCACGACCUUCUUCUCAUUGUUGCGUGAGAUAGCAAGAUGCAAAGCCUACAGGUGAGAAUUCUGUUUGCCCUCGGUUGCUUGACGGCAGCGGCGGCUGGCCGUCUGGGAGCUCCUCGCGACCUGGGUCUUGUCGCCUUUUUCAAUUCUGCUUCUGGAGAGAGCUUCAGAUUCAACAUCACUUCUGCUGAGGACAACUCAACUUCUGUGGUGGUGAUCCCGUGGCCCACCGCAGCGCCAACUUCGCAGUCCAACAGCUUUGGGCGGUUCUGGUACCGUGGCAUUGUUGGAACCCUCUCUACUGUUGCUGUUUUUGCAGUUGUGGCCCUGGCAAUUCUGGCCGCCUAUGUGGUUGCGAUCUUCUACCUCCGCGGAGUCAUUGAACGUGGGCCACCCAAACCCAAGGACAUUCCGAAGGAUGCUGGCCAUGACAAUUGUGGUGAUGACGACGACGACGAUGAUGAAUCUCUUUCCGAUCGCACUGCCGACACAGUGGAUACGGCCGCAAGUAGUUUCUGGUCGGACUAUGGCAUCAAGUUCUCUCGCUUUUCCAAACUCUGGAAAAGGUCAAGCAAGAAGAAACAGGAGGAAGACGAAACAUCUCCCCAAUCUCAGUAUGAGCGUCACAUGGCAAGCAUGCACUUAGUGGCAGAUACAUACCAGCUUGCAUUUGAGUGGAGAAAGGCUCUCCUCAAAAAAAUUAAUUGGCUCAUGCUCGCCCUGUUGUUGAUUGCGAUUGUGCUGUUGGGGUUUCCUGUUGGAUAUGCCACUGCGGCUGUUUGCUUGGUGCACGUGCUUCUUCUUCUUGAUCUGAAAUUUUCCCCCAUGAUGGCUACAGCUCUUGCCUUUGUCUACUGCGUGUUUCUUCUUCUUAUUGCAAUGUUUUGUGGGAGUUCCGUGCUCGGGAUUGUGGCCCCUUUUACAUAUUUGCCAUUUUGGUUGUAUGUACGUUACUCAUCCAUCGGCCAGCAAAACAAAGCCAACUCUCAGAAAUUUGAAAAGCAGGCGACCUUCCUUGGGCUUGUGCGAGAGAUUGCCAGCCAAGUUCAAAUGGGAUCCUCCUCCGAUGAAGUGGCCACCCCAGUCAAUGGACACUAUGUGUCACCGACAAGAAUUUGUUCUGUUGGGAAUGAAGAGGUGACCCACUUGCAGUUCACGCCCUGCCAGAGCCCCGCCGGGGUUGCCGGGUGGUGGAUCCGGGGGACCUGUACGACGGACGAAGACGUGAAGCAAAACAUCCAAAAAGGCAUGAAAAACUGCCCUCAGUUCUUUGUCCGGGAAGGAUUUUUGGCGAUAACAGGAGAAGCCUAUUGGGUGAUGCAGCACAGGACCGAAGAGGUCAAUUGCACCGUGUUUCAUGGCAAAUACGACUCUGGGGAAGGAUAUUUCGUUGCGGAAUCCAAGUCGCUCUGUGGAACAAGGCAGCCGCUGUUCAGGCUUACCCAGGUGUCUAAAACAGAUUCAAAGAAGCAUUACUGGAUUACCUGUGAUGGAUGUGCCAGUGUUCCCAUUCAUGGAACGAGGUAUGCGGCGAAGAGCAGGGACUAUGACCUUUGUCAGACUUGCAUGGAUAAAUAUGAUGAAAUGGAAAACACCACAGACGAGCUCCCGCCCCGGGACGAUUUUGUUGCGGUCGUGAAGCCUUUGCAAAACCCCCACUCCCCAAACCUCCAAGAGCGCGAGCGUAAAUUGUCCGGUUAGGAUAAUAAUGUAGGAACAUAAGAAGCUGUUGGGUCGGAGCGACGAGCUCCGACUUGGUGCAGUAUUAUAGUCGACACUUGUCUUGGCAUGUACAAGGUAAUACCCCAGACCACCCGAGACCAACGGAGAGCUGGCAACCUGCUUUGAGGAGAGGAAGGCAGAAGGCAAAACGACGACUUUUCCAGGGUUGGUGCAUGGGUACGAAACGGAGAAGGUGCCCCACCACCCGCCCUCUGUGACGGAAAUCGUCUUGGAUCGAACCCUGCUAGUACCGAUGAAGUUGUGUCCUGUUCUGUGCGGUAUCGAUCCAAAUGGUGCUGCCCUUUCUCAUUUCAAGCACUGUCGGUGGCGGCGAGUGUAGCAAGCUGGCACUGUCAUGGCCGCUGACAAAGACAUGCAGGUCGAGCUGACGGAAGGCGAUCAGCUAGCUAGUGUCCUAAGCAGCUGCCGCCACUUGUUAGCUAGCACGUGGUACCACUUGGAAACCAAAGUAGGGCAAGGACAAUCUUCCUUUCUAAUACAGCACUAGCUAGUUGUAAUUUACCCUGACAAUUAACUAUAUUACUGUAAACAUGGAAUGGCUGCCGAGACGAAAGCUGUAUUUCGUGUGAAUGCUUCUAUGAUUCGUCUCGAGGCAUGUAUGAAAAUGAAAAAAUGACACUGAAUAUAUCUCCAAAACUUUCCCCCAAUGAAUGAGUCUAUGUGCGUGUUUGGUUUCGGAACAGUGUGCUUGUGUGUUUGUUUGUUUGUUGUUGGCAAGUCUGUGUGUAUUUACUUGGCGGCAUCCUCACGUUUCCGUUUUCCGCCACUGCUGCCGGUGGAGGAUGUGGAAUCGAGUGAGGAAUUGGAUCGCUGACGAGCAUGUCUUUGUUCUUCUUGUUGAUGUUGUUGUUCGGCAGCAGCAUUGGGUAGAGUGGCGCCUAACACACUCAGAGCAAUCAGCUCUUCAUUGCCCAAAGACGACAGUGUCGAGGACGACAUGGAAGCAUCGUCUCCCGCUUCGGGUCGUCGUCGCUUGCCGCGGACUGGUUCUUCGACAGCAACAGCAGCAGCUUCCUUUUCUUCUUCAAUGACAUGUGCGUGACGAUUGUUGUUGUUCUGUUGAUGUUCUCGCAAUCGCUGCUGCAAAUGAGCAUAUCGCUCGCGCAGUGCACGUAACGUGUCCUCCACAUCUUGCUGUGCUUGUUCUGGAUGAGCCAGGAUGCGUUGCACGUUGCGUUGUACCGAAGGAGGAUACGUCUGAGCCGCUGCCGUGGCUUCCGAAGCAGCCGCCGAAGAGGUCGUCGAUGUUGUCGACGCACCCGAUGCCGCGGCAGCAUCCAAUGCAUGAUGGACGGCAUCUUGUUGCAUGAUUUGUUCGUCUCGCGUCAACUUGGAAAAGUACUUUUGGGCGUGAGAACGAACUUGUGCCGACGUUCGUGUGGGAAUUCGAACGGCCACCUUCUUCCAUUCCCUCCCGUACACCUUGAGCCCUUCCAGAAAGGCUUCGUGUUCGGCAUGAGUCCAUCUUCCCGAUGCCUGACCGCGUUGCAAAGGAGGAGCUGGAGUUCGUUUCUUCUUGCGACUACUAGUACUCUCCUGUGGUGGUUGUUUGACGACGGGAGCAGCGGCAAUGGGGAUCAGAGGCGCAGCAGGCGCCAUGACAGCGUCAAACUUGAUGCCCGACUCGGCUGCUGUGCCAUUGGAAGCGGACGGAGCAAUGGACGCCUGCGCCAUGCUUUCGGCGACAAUGGCCAUCUCGUGAUCUGGUUGUCGUUGCUGUAUUACUGGUGCGUCCGAGGCACAAGAUGAAUGAGCCUCCACGUUGCUAUUGUUGCUGUGAUUGAUGUUAUUCUGUCUGACAACUGACAUGAGUGGCAAAGACGCAAUGGGUGGGACUGCCGUGGCAGAAGGAGUCAGAGUGGCCUGUCCGUCGUCCGUGCCCGAGACACGAUCGGCAAGAGGUUGCGGUUCCAAUGCUUGUUGCUGCUGCUGAAUGAUCAAUGGUGAAGAUGAGGCGUUGUUGCCAUGGUGGUUACUGCUGUCGUUGUCUUCUUCUUUGUCCUCGGAGGAUGUCUUGAGCUGACCUUGUUGUUUGGGAGGCUCAGCCAUGGUCUGAAGUGAGCGAAACAAAUUCUUCCUCGAGCCUUGACAACUUGAUGUCGAAGUCAAAGAUCGGCAACUAGAAGUCGGAAGGUCGAUUGAGAUUCGGGUUCGCGCCUCUGAGCCAAUGGACGGAACGGUGGCAGGAACCAGAACACAGAAUUUCGGAAGGGUGGCGUCACGCAUAAUAGUAACCCCACCCUUCCAAAACAGGAGGCAAGUGACUCAGAGAGUCGCGUCACGAAUUCCACAUGACUCAUUUAUUCGUGAUACAAUUAAAUCACGAAUACACUAGUGACUUAGCGCUGACGUAUGCA